UCAGAGUGUCGCAGCAUUUUUUACGUAGAAACAUCCACAGGAGUCAACUGAACACUGUGAUGUUCACUGCAGCUCGUUCUGUGUCUGUUGAACUAAAUAUUAAGUUGAAACACUACUGUUUCCGAAAAAGCCUUGGACGUUGUUUUUAGCAUUAGCCUGAGCCUCCUCACCGGAAGAAGAAGAAGAAGAAGCUCUGGUGACUCGAGCCGAUGGACUCCAACAUGGACGACAUGUACAUGAAACCAGGUAACCAGGAGCGGGGUUGGAACGACCCCCCUCAGUUCUCCUAUGGCCUUCAGAUGGCCCGCGGACCACAGAGGAACCUCCUGAACAAGAGAGCAGCUCCACCUGCUUCAGGUGCAGGAGCUCCGCCCCCUUUCUCUCCUUCCCCCAACCCUCUGUCUCCCCCCCGGUGUGGUGUAGCCCCGCCCCCUCUGCACACGGCUCCACCUCCACCUGGCUGCAUGGCAACGCCUCCCCCUCCCUCAGGACCAAUAAGAAGUCAGAAGGAGGCUGAGAGCAGCCAACCAGAGAGCGAGCCUGAUGUGCAGGCAGUGGUACUGGUGUUGAAGCGAGCGUUGGCUGCCUGCAGACGGACAGUCAGAGAUCAGGUGUGUAAUGAUGUGGAGAAGAGGCUCCGCCUCCUGGAGGAUGGUUGGAGGUCAGGUCGACUGAGCCUACCUGUCAGGAGACGCAUGGACGCCUUGGCACAGGAGCUGCAGGCGUGUCACUGGGACACGGCGGAUGAGAUCCAUCGCUCUCUGAUGGUCGAUCAUGUGACCGAGGUCAGUCAGUGGAUGGUCGGGGUGAAACGACUCAUCUCUGAGACCCGAAAUCUGAGUCCAGAACUCCUAGAGCCUCUUCAUUACCCAGCAGAACCAGUCCAGGACCCUACAGAACCAGACCAGGACCCUACAGAACCAGACCAGGACCCUGCCGAACCAGUCCAGGACCCAGUGUCCCCAUCCUGACUCACCAACAGGUGUCCUUCCUCUCUUGACUAACUUGAACUCCUUGAACCAACCCCAGGACUCGGGAAGGGGUUCAGAGGGUCAAAGGUCAGUCUGGACUCCAGGCUCUGCACCACGGACCGUGGAAAUUAACAGCAGGACUCUGGAAUUUAGAAUCUGAACAACAAACUUUGGACUUUAGACUACCUGAACCUCGGAACUUCUGGACCCCUUGACCUUAGUUAGAGUUAGAUCCACCAAUCACGUCAGAGCGUCCCUGCAGGAACAGUAAGGCUCCGGUCAGUGAAUCACAAACUGUUUUUUAGUUAAUCAGGAACAAACUGUUGAUGAUAAAUAAUAAAUCCUGUUCUCUCUGA